UCCUUUAGUUUUUUGAAGAGGACAAAUGUUCCCUUGGAGCUUCCGUACUGAAAAAGCGCAGUUUCGUUAGCUUGAAUGCUAAUUUCACAUGUUACUUCCCUGACAUUGAGGUCUGCAGCGAGAACCUGUGUUUGUAUUUACUCCUCGAAUAAAGGAUCUCCAUCAUGGUGACCGGCAAGCGUCUGGCUGACAUUGGCUACCGGGCCUUUUCGGGCUCCAUGAUGCUGCUGACGUUAUACGGAGGAUUCCUGUGCACCUUGAGAGCGUACAACUUUUUCCAGAAACAGAAGCAUCUGAAGGUGGCAGCAGAAAACCAGAAUCCUGAUUUGGUCAAAGACUGACGUCACAUGGACUUAAACACCCUUUUGUUUUGCACAAAGGUGGACAUUUUCUCCAUUUCCCUUUCCUGCAUCCCUAAACUGGGAAGAUUUGUAUGAGAAUAUGUGUCGACUUCAUGGAAAGGAUUUUGUGUCUUUGCGUCAAAUAUGUUUUCUUUAAGAAAACCACCUGAAAUAAUAAUAUGAACCAAAAAUAAAAAUGUAUCAAAUCUGUGUAAUGAUAAGCACUGAUUGAGAA